AUGGCCCUCAACGCCUACCACAUCAACGACGACGACCCAUUCGAUCACGUCGCCAGCGGUCGCGCCCCGCCUCGACUCCGCGAUGCAACCCCGCCCGCCACACAGCGCCGCCCCGGUCUGGGCCACGCUCGCCACGACGCAAGCCAAAACGACUGGGCCUGGAGCACCCUCAGCACCGGCGAGUCGACCGCAGCAGCAGCUCAGAGGAUGAGGACCUGGUUCGUCGGCGCAACCGCACUCAGCGACCCGUCCCUGCGCAACGCCCCCGCCAGUGUCACCGACGCCGCCGCAGCCCUCGUCCACGAUCCCGUCCCUGCACCAGUCACGCCGGUAUCCCCGCAGCUCGAAACCAUGUCCCAGCUCUACGCUGCCCUCACCCGCGACCUCGAAACGCCCGACAGCGCCACCGCCACUGCUCCUCCUGCGCCUGCCACCACCCGUCGGCCACCACCGCGAGCCGCCCCGGUCGCUGCACCGCAUGCCGCCCGCGUCAAGGCUGCCUCGCGCCAGCAGAGCUCGGACUGGUUCGUAUCAAAGGCCCUGGCGAGGCUUCAACAGCAGAAGGCAAGCGCCGCGCAGGCGAGUGCCAUCGCCCAAUCGACGGGCGACAAUGGCGACAGCGACGGCGACCGGCACGCAAGCACAUCGCCGACGCGGCAGACCUGCCCCUGCCCCGGCUGCGGUGAACCGAUCCCGCUGAAUGCCUCGCCCAGCGACCUCGCCCUGCACAGGCAGAGCAUCGCCCAUCGCCUCGGCCUCAACGCGCCCGUCUCGUCGGCAUCGGCGUCGGCAUCCGAGGCGGCCACCCCUGUCGUGUCUUGCGCCGAAACGCCGCUCGACCGCAGCCGCUCGCCCUCUCGUGCCGUCUCCCCAGCUCACGAUACCGGCGGCGACGGACAGGUGGGAAGCGAGAACAAGGAUGACAGCCAGGCUGCUGCCUCGGCCCGCAACCACCGCGGCAUCUCGUCGCGAUGGAGAAAGUUGCGCUCGGACAACGUCGGCUACAGCCUUCUUGCCCGCAUGGGCUGGAAGGAGGGCAUGGGACUCGGCAUCGAAGAAUGGAAGUGGCAGCAGCUCGCCAAGGCCAAGCGGCGCCAGGCCGCCGAGGCUGCGUUGAAGCAGCGCCGCGCUUCCUCUGCCACGCGGGCCGAGCCCGGUGUCGGCGUUGUCGACAGCAUCCCCAGCGACGGCCAGAGCGCCAGCCGCGCUAUCGUCGUACUGUCCAGCGACGACGACGAGGGUCGCUGCGAUGCCAUCGACGUGGACAUGGACUCGCCGCGAGAGCAGCAAGAGGUUCAUCAGCCGGGCGGGACUUCGCAGCUGGGUCGCGUCGAUUGGUGGGACAAUCUGCCCCGCGCCUCGGGCGUGGCGGACGACGGCUACCAGUUCGGGGAUGACGCCGAUCACGUCUUUGACGGUCCGUCCUCGCCGCCGCCGUUGUCGCCCAGCGCGCUCGCCGACGGAGACUCGAUCGACAUGUCGGCCAGGCCCUCGACCAUGACGGCGCCGAUCGACAUCGAUCUUAAGACGGAUCGACGCGGUCUCGGCAUGCGGCCCAGGGGCACACGGCGUAGCCGCACGGCGGAAGGCGAGGUCGAGAUCCGCCGGCGGGCGUACGGCGACGACGAUGACGAAGGCCAGCCAGCCCGACAGCGGAGCCGUACAAGGAGCGGAGGGGAGCCGUCGAGAAAAGGCGACAGGCCCGACGGCUCGCAGAGGAUGACCAAGGCCAGGAGGAAGAGGGACGAGGCCAGGAGAAAGGCCGAGUGGCUGGCCGUGCGUGCCAGUCUGUCCUGA